AUGUUCCGCUACAUACGCCCCCAUAGGAGUCUUGCUUCCACAGGUCCAAAAUUACACACAAGGCCUUUUCUUUCUCUAAGCAGGUUGCCCUUGAGUUUGGAGGCGAAAAGGCAGGCGGGAGAAGUCACAAAUAUCCAGCCGGUUCGGUUUCAAAAAGCAAAAUGGGCCUGGGCAAAGAAUGUUGGCAUCGUGAUUAUCACGACUGUCGUCUGCACCAAUAUUUAUUCGUUUUUCGUUCUCGAACCCCUCGUGCGAAAAGUUGUUGAGGCUGGAGAGCACAUACCCAAAGAGCAUUUGGAGAACUCAACCGAGCCCUAUUUCAUCCCACUCCCCGGGACGACAAAACAACACCCGCCUAUGCCGUACCGUGGAACCGAUCCGGAAUGGCUCGAGUUCGUGAAGUUUAACAAAGACAAGAACAUGUCGCAAAAAGUGCGAGACGAGCUCGCAGCUUACGUCGCCCAUGUCGCCGCUCUGCACCCUAUGUUGUCAGUACGCUGUGGAAAAGAUAUGAAGCUAAGAAGAUAUUGGCUUGAUGUGGAUUUCCCUCAGCACGCACCGCCCAUAUUUGACAGGAAAGGUCUUGAAAUAGGAGUAAAGGACAGCGGAGAGGGCUACAUAGCUAUAAAACGCCGGCCUGUCGACUCAGUGACUGUAGGCAGUAUCCGGAAUGCAAUGUGGCCGAAGGCCUUGGCAAUCUCAUUCUGGAGUCUCACAAAGGUCCUAGUCACCGACGAAUCGAGGCGGCUUGCCAGCGCGCUCGGACUGAAAUCUGGCACUCCCCCUCCAGCGAUUGACCAGUUGGUAACUCAAAAUCAGAAACUAUUGAAGGGCCCCCCUCAAGUCCCCCAGCUUCCUACCAGCGACGCCCCACCACCCAAGGCUUUGGAUGGUGGCGCGAAGCCCGCAUUGAUGGGGAAAGGCUCAGAAUUGGGGAAAGGGACGGAAGGAGCGCAAUUAACCAGCGCCAUUCAGGCAUACUUCGUCAAGCCCAUCGCAGCAUUUAAAACCAAACUGGCGCAGACAUGGCGGCCCGCCCCGCUGUUACCUGCCAGAGGGAGCAUUUUAGUGUCUGGCAUGGUGGAACUCGACUGUCCGAACGCAUGGCUUGUUUUUGAUGUCAAGGCAGCGUGGGACCCCAAGAAGAAAGAAUACGAUCACGCGGGUAUGCUAAUCCAGCUGCGGAGAAUGCAAUUCAAAAAACAGGCCCCCCGGCCCUGA